GUUUACGUCCAGAAAUUCCAUCUCAUAUGCCUAAGUUAUUAACUAAAUUAAUUAUGGAAUGUUGGGAUGCUCAACCUGACAAAAGGCCAACUUCUAAAAAAUUAUUUACCAUUAUAAAUAAAUGGGAUAUGAAUAGUAAUAGUUUAUUUGCUGGAUUUAUUACACCAAAGCUACCUUUCUGGAAACUACAUUCUGAAGCAAUUUAUACAAGCAGACUUCUUGAUACCUCCAAUCUUCCACCACCAGUAAAUACACCGGAUUUUGAAAAACAGCUUAGCAAAUUAGUUUCUGAAGUACUUGAUGACAAGCAGAAUAUUUUAGAUAUUGAAGCACAUUAUAUCAGAAUAUGUAUUGAUCACUCUAUUUUGAUAUGUGUAAAUACUGCACACCAACUGAAUUUUAAAACGUUGAGUAACUCACCUAUAUUUGGUAGUUUGCACAAAUUUUAA